GAGGAGGCGACUGAAGCAGCACUUUCCAAGAAAUCCGGAUAGAACGACAAGACGUGUCUACACUGCAGCAGAAAAGGACAUCCUAAAUCCACCUGGCCUGCUCUGGGAUUAUUGGUUUGAUAUCGUCUUCAGAAAGUGGAUUACAACUUCUAACGGGCUGUGCUCCCUGAUCAAACGGCAGUAUGAACCUGAGGCUGGGCUGUCUGUGUCGGCCGGUUUGCUGGCCCUUUGGCAGCCUAUUGGACUCCAGACACUGUGUCUUUGCCGUCACACUCCUCACACUCCUCAUGCAGGUAGUGGUGGAGGCCAACUCAUGGUGGUCUCUGGCUAUGAACCCUUUACUGAUCCCAGAGGCCUACAUCAUCGGUGCCCAGCCUCUGUGCAGCCAGCUGGUGGGCCUGUCACAGGGCCAGAAGAAGCUGUGCCAGCUUUACCAGGACCACAUGCAGUACAUCGGUGAAGGUGCCAAAACAGGCAUCAGAGAGUGCCAGUACCAGUUCAGACAUCGGCGCUGGAACUGCAGCACGGUGGACAACUCAUCUGUUUUUGGACGGGUCAUGCAAAUAGGCAGCCGAGAAACGGCAUUCACCUAUGCAAUUAGCGCGGCGGGGGUGGUGAACGCGGUGAGUCGCGCCUGCAGAGAGGGUGAGCUCUCCAGCUGUGGGUGCAGCCGUGCUGCUCGCCCCAAAGACUUACCGCGAGACUGGCUGUGGGGCGGCUGCGGAGACAACCUCAACUACGGCUACAGAUUCUCUAAGGAGUUUGUGGAUGCACGUGAGAGGGAGAAGAGCUACCCUAAAGGCUCAUAUGAGAGCGCCCGGCUGAUGAUGAAUAUUCACAAUAACGAGGCUGGAAGAAGGACGGUGUCAGACCUUGCCAACGUGUCCUGCAAGUGCCACGGGGUAUCAGGCUCCUGCAGUCUGAAGACUUGCUGGCUGCAGCUAGCUGACUUUCGCAAGGUGGGCGAUGCACUGAAGGAGAAGUAUGACAGCUCUGCUUCCAUGAAGCUCAACUCGCGCGGAAAGCUGGUGCAGAAGUACACCAAUUUCAAUGCUCCCACAAGCCACGACCUGGUGUACAUCGAGUCCAGUCCGGACUACUGCCUGAAGAACCAAAGCACAGGCUCCUUGGGCACGGUGGGGCGCCUUUGCAACAAGACCUCGGAAGGCAUGGAUGGGUGUGAGCUGAUGUGCUGCGGCCGCGGUUACGACCAGUACAAGGCCCAGAUAGUGGAGCGCUGCCACUGCAAGUUCCACUGGUGCUGCUACGUCAAGUGCAAGCGCUGCACCAAGAUCGUAGACCAAUUCGUCUGCAAGUGAGAAGAAGAGUGUUGCCUGGGUGUUUGCUUGCAGACGAUGGGCAAACAUCUGUCUGUAUACGUGAGCAAAGGAGUUUGAACACAGAGAAAGAAUGGAAGAAAAAAAACUAUAUAAAUUAUAUUUAUAGAGUUAAACAAUUAUGCCAUUGCAAAAAGACUUUUUUCCAAAAAUCGUAUGUCUUCAGAAACUGAGAGUAUCGUGAAAUAUUUAUUUUGAGAUUAUGUUUUAUUUUGGCCCAGUCAUCACCAGUCGAUUUUAACCCAUUCAAGUGCCUAAAACUGGCUGGAAAUCUCCCCUCACGUGACCCCCACCUUUUUUUUUUCAUAUCAGAGAAUACAGUUCUUCUUGUCAGAUGGGUCACACUGAUUGUGAAAUUGGAUUGUGCUUCCAAUUUCCUAAGAAGAGUAGUGUUUUGAUAUCUGUGGCAUAGUUGACUAAGGGGUCCUGGUUUGUUGUUUGAGAAUGACUGUGUUGAGAGGACAAUGUGUGCUAUAGUGUAUGGAUGUGAUUUCAUGGGCCCAGUCCCAAACCAGCCUUCACAUCCUAACUAGUCUACUCGUCUCCUCUCACCACAUGUAGAGUAAGGAACACUGUUGGUUUGUACGAGUCCUUGGAGUACAAUAAGAUGGCUGUUUUGGGGAUUGGGCUAUUUAUUAAGCUCUCCCAGAAGCCUUAGAGUUCCCCAGGUGCUGCAACAACCCCUCCACCAUUAUGCACUUUGAUACAGAGGCUUAAACCUGUCUGUGCGUGUCUGUUCAGCUGUUUUUUUUUUUUUGUUUUUUUUUUACAGUGCAUCAGCAAAUAUAUCAAUAUUAUAGCCUACAUUCUUUUCCAUAUUAAUUCAGAUUAUCCAUUUAACAUUAUUCUACAAUACUUAAUAUGGUUUGAAUAUAUAUGGGCAAUGUUGUGGUUACAGUGGUGAAAUAUCCCAUGCUAUGAGUAUAUAGUAUGUCUAUCCAACCAAUCAGUAAACUGUAUUUAUUUUCUUUUACCAGAUUCUCCUCUGAGCUUUAAACAGAAAAGCAUCAUCUCCAUCAUAGAUCAACAGUCGAGAAAUAAAUCAAUAGUGGAACAUCCUCAAGUCACUGCUUAUAGUCGCUUUUUAAAAUUGUGUUCUCACUAAUGUGGCUCCUCACUGUUUUUGUAAAGGGAAAUGCACCUUAUUGAUUCAACACACAAAUGAUUUCUUCUCACUCAUGUUCAGCUUUACUGUUAACACGCAAAUAAAUACACUUGUAUAUCACAGAUGACGUUCAGAUUUUUAUCAUCACUACAGAUUUCCUGUACCACUCAGUUAACCGCUAACUAUCCCUGUGAUGAUUCUCGAUAGACAAACUAUUUCUACCAAUCCAAAUAUGUAUAUUUAUAAGCUUCUCCAUGAAUUUGAGGUUUGUUAAACGUAAUGUGUUAUAGCUGAUAUUUUGUUACUUUUUACAAAUUGGCUCAAUGCUCUACUUUGUUUCAAUAAAUAUCAAAUGUAAAACC